UAUUCGCUAAAUAGUCAACCAUGUAAUUGCAACUGUCAUCAAGAUCAACGUAAAUGUUGUUGUCAAGGUUAUGGAUCCACUAACCAUUAUCAACAAUUGACUAAUCAAACUAUAUCGACUCCUGUUAUUCCGACAUACAUAAUCAGUUUACAAAUUGGCUUGGGCGAUCGUAUUCAAGGUCUUGCAAUUGGUCGAUCACAUCCAAUUACAUUAUAUGAUUUACAAGUUGAAUUACAACAACAUUUUAAUGUUCCUAUUUUACAACAAAAUCUUUCCUUUAAUGGAAUGCCAUUAUUGCAUCUUCCACCUGAUACAUCACUUCAAACAAUUGGAAUUACUAAUAAUGCAUUUAUUUCACUUUGGUAUAGAAAUAAUAUCUAUAUUGAUCAACAACAAAUUGCUGACUAUUUUACGCCAAGACAACAACAGAUUGCUGACUAUAUUACGCCAAGACAACAAGAAAUGUCAUCAUAUUAUUAUGACGAUGGAUCACAAUCACUACGUAGUAGUAGUGGUGAUGUUUCAUCAAGGCGAAUGUACAACAGCAAUAGUGGAAAUGAACUAGUAAAAAAUGGAACUAAUCAACAAGUAAUUAAAAUUGAAGUAUUUCAUGGUUCAGAUCGACAUGUAAUUACUCUACGUAGUUCAAGUAAUAUACGUAUUAGUGAUUUAAUGGAAGAAUUACAAAAAAUAACAACUGUGCCUAUUCAAAAUCAAAGACUCUAUUAUCGUGGACAAGAAUUACAAACAAUGAAACAAAGUUCAUUGCAAGAUGUAGGUCUUGAUAAUAAUUCUCAAGUGAGAUUAAUUGGCCAACCAACAAAAUCACGAUAUCUACCAUUAAUGACAAGUAAUUAA